AUGAAGAAGUCUCUAACUACAACACAAAAUCCAGGAAGUCAUUACAAUCGCAGUGAUCAACUUCACGACCAAAGCAUUGUGAUUCCUGCGAAUCCUUCCAAACUCAUCAAUCUAGCUGAUAGCUUCGAAAAGAAAGAACACUCCUGGUUCAUCACUUCUCAUGUCCCAACUGACCUAACAGUUCAAGUUCAAGAAAUCACCUUUAAUGUUCACAAGUAUCCUUUGGUAUCAAAAUGUGGCUACAUAGGUCAAUUGGAAUUUCAGCCUUCGAUCUCAGAUUUUGGCAAUGACUUAAAGGAGUUAAAGCUUGAAAACUUCCCAGGUGGACCAGAAACCUUCGAAAUGAUUCUAAAGUUCUGUUAUGGUCUCCCAGUGGACCUAAACCCGAACAACAUAGCUCCACUAAGAUGCGCAUCAGAAUUCCUUGAAAUGACUGAAGAACUUGAAGCAGGAAAUCUGAUUUCCAAGACUGAAUCUUUUCUCACAUUGGUUGUCCUUUCUUCUUGGAAAGAUACCAUCACUGUACUUAAGUCCUGUGAAACUCUAUCUCCAUGGGCUGAGAAUCUUCAAAUUGUGAGAAGAUGCUGCGACUCAAUUGCUUGGAAGGCUAGUAGAGAAAACACCACUAAGAAUGCUGACGGUGAACAAUGGUGGUUUCGUGAAGUGGCCACCUUCCGGAUAGAUCAUUACAUGAGGGUUAUCUCGGCAAUAAAAGCAAAGAAUACAAGGCCAGAGUUUAUAGCUAAAUGUAUAAUGCACUAUGCAGAAAGAUGGUUGCCAGGCAUAAAUGUGGAGUUUGAAGGACUAAGAGGAUAUGGAAUUGGAAGAAAUGACCUGCAGUUCAGUAUACUGAGUAACAGGAAAGAGGAAGGCGGUUAUGGACACAGCCAGGAGCAAAAAGCAAUUAUCGAAAGCCUCCUAAGCGUACUUCCACCUCAAAAUGAAGCUGUCCCAUGUAAAUUCUUAUUGCAGAUGUUAAAGAUGGCAAUGAUGUACUCGGCAUCGCCGGCUUUGAUAUCAGAGCUUGAAAAGAGAGUGGGGAUGAUGUUAGAAGAUGCCACAGUCAAUGACUUGUUGAUACCAAGUUAUAAUAGUGCAGACCAAGGGAAACUGGUAAAGUCACCAGAAGAACGAACCAUGCAUGACAUUGAUGUUGUGCAAAGAAUUGUGGAAUAUUUCUUGACGCAUGAGCAUCAACAGCAAGAGAAGACGGGUAAAAGCAAUGUCAGUAAGCUAUUGGACAACUACCUAGCUGAGAUUGCGGGAGACCCGAAUCUCUCCAUAACCAAGUUUCAAGUGUUGGCUGAAUUGCUACCUGAAAAUGCUCGAGCAUGUGAUGAUGGUCUUUAUAGAGCUAUUGACACCUAUCUGAAGACUCAUCCUUCACUGCCCGAGCAUGAUCGAAGAAGGCUGUGCAGGAUAAUGAACUGUGAGAAAUUAUCACUUGAUGCAUGCAUGCAUGCGGCACAAAAUGAUCGACUGCCAUUGAAAACCAUCAUCCAGGUUCUGUUCUCAGAGCAAGUAAAGAUGAGGACAGCAUUGCAAGGGAAAGAAUCAGCACCAAAUGGCAACAACUCUGAGCAAGAAGGAAACCACGCAUCAACAGAUGCAGAAAUUAAGAAUCUUAAAGCGGAACUUGAGAAUGCAAAGAAACAGAUGGCUGAGCUGCAAAGUGACUACUCUGAGCUGCAACAGGAGUAUGAAAAGAUUUCCAGCAAGCAAAGGAGUGUGUCAAGUUGGAGUUCGGGAUGGAGAAAAAUCAAGAAAUCUUUCCAUACAAAAUCUGAAGCCAACGAAACUGGAGAAGGCCAACAAAGACCCAACUCAAUUGGGGGCAGAUUCAGCUUCAGACGAAGGUCAUCGAUGUCCUAAAUUAUUUUAACCCAACAAUCUAAGAUUUCCAGCUUAAGAGGAUAGGGGACCCCGGAUUAUAUAUGCCGGAGUGAGAUUUAGCCCUUCAAGGGUACCAUCUGUAUGAAAACACAAGCAGAAAACUAUAUUUUUUAUUUUUGGACCGGGG